ACUCGCCGUGUAGAGAAAGAGCUGCGGGAUUUGCCGGCCAAUCCCGACGUUUCGAGCGCCGGCCCCAUUCUCUCGAUCGGCCCGAUUGGCGAGGACAUCAUGCAUUGGCAAGCAACGUUGGCUGGCCCGCCUGGCUCGCCGUACCAGGGCGGCACCUUUCAUCUGGACAUCAAGAUCCCCAACCAAUAUCCGUGGAAGCCGCCGGCAGUGGCGUUCGUCACACGGAUUUUCCACCCGAAUGUCGGAAACUUCCUCUCUUCCGGCUGGAGCCCCGCACUCACGGUUGCCACGACCGUCAUGUGCAUCGUUUCCUUGAUGCGCACUCCGUGCGCUGAUGUCAUCAACGUCAUUCGCUCAGACGCCGGCCACGCGUUCCUGUACGAGCGCGACAAGUACAUGCGUGAGGCGCGCCGGUGGACGAUUGCCUAUGCCGGCGGA